AUGGGAAGUUCAACCACCAAAUUCCGUAAAGCACUCAUCAAUGGUGAUGAAAACCUGGCCUGCCAAAUAUAUGAAAGCAACCCUCAGCUGAAAGAAUCCCUAGAUCCAAACACAUCUUACGGGGAGCCCUACCAGCACAAUACUCCAUUACACUAUGCUGCUAGACAUGGAAUGAAUAGAAUAUUAGGGACCUUUCUUUUUGGUAGAGAUGGAAAUCCAAAUAAACGGAACGUGCACAAUGAAACAUCUAUGCAUUUGUUGUGUAUGGGACCUCAAAUUAUGAUCUCAGAAGGAGCCCUUCAUCCUCGCUUAGCACGCCCUGCAGAAGAUGAUUUUAGAAGAGCGGAUUGUCUACAGAUGAUUUUAAGAUGGAAAGGAGCAAAACUUGACCAAGGCGAAUAUGAGAGAGCAGCUAUUGAUGCUGUUGAUAACAAAAAGAACACACCCCUGCACUAUGCUGCUGCCUCAGGGAUGAAAACCUGUGUAGAGCUUUUAGUAAAACAUGGAGGAGACCUGUUUGCUGAGAAUGAAAAUAAAGAUACUCCUUGUGAUUGUGCUGAAAAGCAACACCACAAAGAUUUGGCCCUCAAUCUAGAAUCUCAAAUGGUUUUCUCACGAGAUCCUGAAGCUGAAGAAAUAGAAGCUGAAUAUGCUGCUUUAGAUAAACGAGAGCCGUAUGAAGGAUUAAGACCUCAGGAUCUUCGUAGAUUGAAAGAUAUGCUUAUUGUGGAAACAGCAGACAUGCUCCAGGCUCCACUAUUUACUGCUGAAGCUUUACUUCGAGCUCAUGACUGGGACAGGGAGAAAUUACUUGAAGCUUGGAUGUCCAACCCAGAGAACUGCUGCCAGCGAUCAGGUGUUCAGAUGCCAACGCCACCACCAAGCGGGUGUAACGCCUGGGACACACUUCCUUCUCCAAGAACUCCAAGGACUACCCGCUCCUCCGUCACCUCUCCAGAUGAACUAAGUUUAUCGCCUGGGGAUUUGGACACCAGCUUGUGUGACAUUUGCAUGUGCAGUAUUUCAGUAUUUGAAGACCCAGUGGACAUGCCCUGUGGACAUGACUUCUGCAGAGGAUGCUGGGAGUCGUUUUUGAAUCUGAAAAUUCAAGAAGGUGAAGCUCACAACAUUUUCUGCCCUGCGUAUGAUUGCUUCCAACUUGUGCCUGUGGAUAUAAUAGAAAGUGUAGUUUCUAAGGAGAUGGACAAACGAUACCUACAGUUUGAUAUUAAGGCCUUUGUUGAAAAUAAUCCUGCCAUUAAAUGGUGUCCUACUCCAGGCUGUGAAAGAGCAGUCAGACUGACAAAACAAGGAUCAAACACCUCUGGGUCUGAUACACUCAGCUUCCCCUUGCUCAGAGCUCCUGCUGUGGACUGUGGAAAAGGACACCUCUUCUGCUGGUCAUGCCUUGGUGAAGCCCAUGAGCCUUGUGACUGCCAAACAUGGAAAAACUGGCUACAAAAAAUAACUGAAAUGAAACCGGAAGAACUCGUGGGAGUCAGUGAAGCUUAUGAGGAUGCUGCCAAUUGUCUCUGGUUGUUAACUAAUUCCAAGCCUUGUGCUAAUUGUAAGUCUCCAAUACAGAAGAAUGAGGGAUGCAAUCAUAUGCAGUGUGCUAAGUGCAAGUAUGACUUUUGCUGGAUUUGUCUGGAAGAAUGGAAAAAGCAUAGCUCUUCCACUGGAGGAUAUUACAGGUGUACCCGCUAUGAAGUCAUCCAGCAUGUGGAGGAGCAGUCCAAGGAAAUGACUGUGGAGGCUGAAAAAAAACACAAGCGAUUUCAGGAACUUGACAGAUUUAUGCACUAUUACACAAGAUUUAAAAAUCAUGAACAUAGCUAUCAGUUAGAACAACGCCUUCUUAAAACAGCCAAAGAAAAGAUGGAGCAAUUGAGUAGAGCUCUCAAAGAAACUGAAGGAGCCUGUCCAGAUACCACUUUCAUUGAAGAUGCAGUUCAUGUGCUCUUAAAAACUCGACGCAUUCUUAAGUGUUCUUAUCCAUAUGGAUUUUUCUUAGAACUUAAAAGCACAAAGAAAGAAAUUUUUGAACUCAUGCAAACAGACCUAGAAAUGGUCACUGAAGACCUUGCCCAAAAAGUCAAUAGGCCUUACCUUCGCACACCCCGCCACAAGAUCAUCAAGGCAGCAUGCCUUGUACAGCAGAAAAGGCAAGAGUUCCUGGCAUCUGUGGCUCGGGGAGUUGCUCCUGCAGACUCACCAGAAGCUCCACGCCGCAGCUUUGCUGGUGGAACAUGGGAUUGGGAAUAUCUAGGAUUUGCAUCACCUGAGGAAUAUGCUGAAUUUCAGUAUCGGAGGAGGCACAGACAACAGCGCCGUCGAGGAGACGUGCACAGUCUGCUGAGUAACCCUCCAGACCCUGACGAGCCAAGUGAAAGCACUUUAGAUCUCCCAGACGGUGGCGGUGGCCGCAGGCCGGGCUCCUCCGUGGUAAGCUCUGCGUCUGUGAGCGCGCUGCACACCUCCUCCUUGCGGGACUACACGCCUGCCAGCCGCUCUGAGAACCAGGACUCCCUUCAGGCUCUGAGUUCCUUGGAUGAAGACGAUCCCAAUAUACUUCUUGCAAUACAGUUAUCUCUGCAAGAAUCUGGGCUGGCCAUCGAUGAAGAAAGUACAGACUUUCUCAGUAACGAAGCGUCCUUAGGAGCAAUAGGUACCUCUUUACCUUCCAGACUGGACUCCGUCCCCAGGAACACAGAUAGCCCUCGAGCCGCGUUGAGCAGCUCUGAGCUGUUGGAACUUGGUGACAGCCUCAUGAGACUAGGAGCAGAAAGAGACCCAUUUUCAACUGACACCCUGAGUUCCCACCCUCCCAGUGAGGCGAGAAGUGAAUUCUUCCCCUCAUCCAGUGACCCUGACUCAGCCAGCCAGGACGCCAACAUCAAUGACAAUCUUCUUGGCAAUAUCAUGGCUUGGUUUCAUGACAUGAACCCUCAAAGUAUUGCUCUGAUUCCUCCAGCAGCUACAGAAAUCAGUGCAGAUUCUCAGCUCCCCUGUGUCAAAGAUGAGUCAGAAUGUGUGAGGGAUGUGGAACUGAUACCUCCAGAAGAUUCAGUGUUUGAAGAUGCUGCGAUCAGUGAAGGGAGAGGAAUCCAAAGAGAAGAAAAUCCUUUGGAGGGAAAUAUUCUGGCUGGGGAAGCAGCAUCUCGAGCUAGCGACAGUGGUAAUGAGGCUGCCAGCAAGGGGGAUGGUUCCGAUGUUUCAAGUCAGACACCUCAGACCUCAAGUGACUGGCCUGAACAAGUACACUUAGUAUGA